UGUAUGUGUGUGUGAGAGAGUGUAUAUAUAUGUGUGUGUGUGUGUGUGUGAGUGAGAGAAAAAGAAGUCACUCGGCGCAACAGUAGUGUUAUUCAUUCAUUAGAAGGUGUUCAGAGAAGCAGCAGCUGAAACGCUGCACAUUAGAGCCACAGCAGCUCUCAGCUCUCCAUCCGGCAACAGCUAGCUGCACUUCAGCAACUAUCUUCCCUUCACUUCACUUUAAAGCACGAUGGUUCAGAUUAGGAAAAUAUGCUGCAUAGGUGCUGGUUAUGUCGGGGGGCCAACGUGCAGCGUCAUCGCCAGCAUGUGUCCCGAGAUUACAGUGACCGUGGUCGAUGUGAACGAGACCCGAAUCAAAGCCUGGAACUCGGACACACUUCCCAUUUAUGAGCCUGGCCUGAACGAGGUUGUGUUGUCGUGCCGUGGCAAGAACCUUUUUUUCUCCACUGACAUCGACUCGGCCAUCAAGGAAGCAGACUUGGUCUUCAUUUCGGUCAACACACCCACUAAGACGUACGGGAUGGGAAAGGGCCGAGCGGCUGAUCUGAAGUUCAUCGAGGCAUGCGCACGGCGGAUUGUGGAGGUCUCCGAUGGUUAUAAGAUAGUGACGGAGAAAAGCACGGUGCCUGUGCGAGCUGCCGAGAGCAUCCGCAGGAUCUUCGACGCCAACACCAAACCCAGCCUCAACCUACAGGUGCUUUCCAACCCAGAGUUUCUUGCUGAAGGGACGGCUGUGAAGGACCUCAAGGAGCCGGACCGUGUUUUGAUUGGUGGAGAUGAAACUCCUGAAGGUCAAAAGGCGAUCAGGGCGCUAUGCGAAGUGUAUGAGCACUGGGUGCCUGAGUCACGCAUCAUCACCACCAACACAUGGUCAUCCGAGCUGUCCAAAUUAGCGGCGAAUGCAUUCCUAGCUCAACGUAUCAGCAGUAUAAACUCCAUCUCGGCUCUGUGUGAGUCCACCGGCGCUGACGUGGAGGAGGUGGCCAGAGCCAUCGGCAUGGACCAGCGCAUCGGCAACAAGUUCCUCAAGGCCAGCGUGGGCUUUGGAGGAAGCUGUUUCCAGAAGGACGUGCUGAAUUUGGUGUAUCUGUGUGAGGCACUGAAUCUGCCUGAAGUGGCCUCUUACUGGCAGCAGGUGAUUGAUAUGAACGAGUACCAGAGGAAAAGGUUUGCGUGCAGGAUCAUCGACUGUCUCUUUAACACUGUAACAGGAAAAAAAAUUGCUUUGCUAGGCUUCUCAUUCAAGAAGGACACUGGGGACACCAGAGAGUCAUCCAGUAUCUAUAUUUCUAAAUAUCUGAUGGAUGAAGGAGCCAAGCUGCACAUCUUUGAUCCUAAAGUGGCAAAAGAACAGAUCAUACAGGACCUGUCCCAGCCCAGCAUCUCAGGAGACAAUCCUGAGAGAGUAUCUGAGCUGGUCACUGUGUCGUCAGAUCCUUAUGAAGCCUGUAAAAGUGCGCAUGCACUAGUCAUCUGCACUGAAUGGGACAUGUUUAAGGAUCUGGAUUACGAGAAGAUUUAUCACCAGAUGUUGAAGCCAGCGUUCAUAUUCGAUGGCCGCAGAGUCCUUGAUCAUUUACACCCCCAACUACAGAACCUUGGUUUCCAGAUUGAGACGAUUGGAAAGAAGGUGAUGACCAGGCUUCCUUUCACCCCCACGGGUGCAGUCCCCAGAAUCACCCUCACCGAGCCACCGACUAAAAAAUCCAAAGUCUGAGACGCGCGUGUAUACACACACGAAACCAUGUCUACCGAGACGAACACACACACUCAGACUGGAUUUACUGCAUUUCUCUAAAAAAGAGCCAAAGUUCAAAAACGAUGCACAUUUUACUGUUGAGUUUGUAAUUCACCUGUCACAGGACACCGUGUCUGUAUCCCUCUACAGCACACUGCACUGGAUAGCAGUCAAGAAUUAUGCAGAUUUUUAUUUUUUUUUAAUUCAGUAGACAUGCCUUUCAACGUGACAAUGAUGUUUAGUUUUUCAGUAUUAAUUCUGAUCAUUACAUGGUGCAGCACUGAAAAGAGAAAUGUUGUCAUGAGCAUCUAAUUACAGUGAAAAAGCAAAUGCUUCCGAGUCUUUCAGCAGAGCCAUUAGUCCAUUUUUCUAUAGUGUGAUUGCGGUUAAAUCAUAAUGUAAUCGUGUCAUGUGAUAUACGUGUGUACUAGUUUAAUGUGAACUUUUUUAAAAAUAAAAUCAUUUCAUAUUGUACAGAUUUGUAACACUAAUGUAAUAUGAUAAAAGGCAACAAUUUCUUACAUACGUAUGGACCAAUUAAAAGCAUAUCUUAUUUUCACAAAAUAAAAUAAAUGAACAAAUGCUUCAAAAUUA